UGCACCCUUUUCUUACCCUUUCCUCAACUCCUCUCUGCUGCACUCCGCAUCUCCUACACUCUGCCUUUCUCUGACUCCCACUCUACUCCUCCACUGCCCCCUCCUCCCUUUACUGUAUCCCCUCCAUCUCUCUUCUCUCACCCUUUCUCCCUCUCUUUUCUAUGCCUCUCUAUCAGGAGAAGAAGAGAGGCUCCCCAGAGGGACUGUGGUUCGUUCCCGCUGCCGCCUACACUGGCUUAAUGAGGAGCCUGCGGGAAGGGGAUGACACUACAGUUCAUCAUAUGGCAGCAAAAGCAAUAGAGAACAUAUCAACAGUGCUGUCUGGUCCCUCCCAUCACCUGGUCACCACAGAGAUAGGCGCCGCCCUGUGGUACCUGUUCACUCACUCCACUGUGGAGGCUGUCAGAGUCACUGCUAUUUCUUCUCUUUCUAGGCUAACCCGGGUGGUCCCAGCAAUCUUCCUAUCAGUAAUUGACACCUGUGGUCCAGCAGCCAUCUUGGAGGGCAUAGGGGGUGCAGGAGCCCGGGUCCAGCAGCACCUGCUCACUGCUGUGGCCGCUGCCUUGCUCACCUCAUGCACUCAAACACACCGUGUAACACAGAACAGGGAUUUGGUUUUGAAAGUGCUGCGUUGUCUAGAGAGUCCGUCUACGAUAACAAGAGCCAAAGCAUUACUACUGCUUCUUCUGCUCAUACAAGACAACAGACACACACUGCUUUACUGCUGUCAAAACAGACUUGUGAUAUACCUGGAGAGAGACCUCCGCAAAGCCACUCCUCUCAGAGAGAACCUCAGCCAAUCAGGAUACUUGUCUCAGUGUCUCAAUUUACUGAUUGCAUAUCUGAGCAGCACCGCACCAGUGAUUAUGGAGGAUGUUCUGUGUACCCUCAGAGGAGUGAUUGGGAGAAGACACCCAACUACUGCUCAAAGUAAACAACUCAAACAAACUUUGCCUACUUUGUCCAUAGUGCUGGACCUUGUUUCAUCCCAGGUCUUUAGAUCUCACAUUGUAGCAGGACAGUUUCUGGCUCAAAUUGGGUUGCUGUUGAACUUCAUUGCCUCAGUAGAGUCCAAUGAAACAAAUCUGGCUAGUGCUAUGGGUACAGCAAUAUGUGAAGAUUUAAUUAGAACAUCUCUGUCCAUCGUGGAAGUACUGAGCCAGCACCAUGCACUCAUCAGUCCAUAUCAUAGUGAUGUCGUGGAUGCCAUCCUGCCUCCUCUGACAACAAUGGCUUUCAGCAAAAAUGUGGAGUGGUCUGUGUUUGUUUUGAGGGUGUUGUCUGAACUCAGUCUAAUCCUGCUGGUCCAAGAUGGUGUUGAUACUGAGGUAAAAGAGGAAAGGACAGAGGAAAAUAAAGAGAGAAAUGAGAAGGAAGGACAGGCGGCAGAGGAAAGAGGGGAUGGACUCUCGUGUAUCACUGAAUCUCUCCUUUCAAGGUACGAGACUCUUCUACGAGCACCGGAGCCUAUACCCCUCCAUGCACUCAAACUGUUGGUAUCAAUGACUGAACACAACAGUCAAACCUGCAGAUUGAUCAAACGUAGUAGGAUCCUACCAAUGGUCUUUCAGCUCAUUAUGGCCAAUAGAAGUAACGUUAUCAGUGGGAUAGUCCAAAACGCAGUUGUUUUGCUCUGCAAUCUUAGUGAGGGCACAAUCCAGGAUCAGCAACCACUGUAUCAACAAGGGCUUAUUGAGGUGGUGGUUUGCACCCUCUCAGAAGCUGCGCUUGCUCAUCUAGAUAGAGAGGAGCAUGCUGGAAGGAAGGUCGGCCACGUUGUGCUGCAAGCUCUGUUGGAACUGCUUCACAACGUCCUUAAGCAAACAUCAGUUGUUGUCCGCUCUGCCCUGCAGAGCCAGAGGCUAUCUUGUCCAGCAGCAGAGACGGAGGCAGCAGAGAAGCUGCUCCUAGCCAACAGACCCCUGAGCCAACUCAGCACACACCUCAUUCACAUGCUGUCUGCUGAGAACCAGGAAAUCUGGGAGGAGUCUGUUCAUUGUCUGUCACUGCUGGUCCAACUUUACUGUGGAGAGGGUCCUGACUGCCUGUCGCCUUCCUGCUUACGAAGCUUCUCGCAUGUGCUGCGCACUCGCAUGCACACUGAGACCCCCCGAACACAACGUACAGCUCUUAAAAUUAUUAAACGACUAGUUCAGGCUACGGACAGGUCAGAUUGGAGCGAAUGUCCUGAGGGGGCGGAGCUAAUGAGUCUACUGCACGAUAUGACCACAUCCAACAGGUAUCACACUGAUGUCACUGGCCUGGCUGCUGAUAUCCUUCAAGAGAUCUCUGAAUCCUAAAAGCUUUCAGAGCAUUCAGCCAUGCCUCCAUAUGACUGUCAUCAUUUCAAAUUGGAUCAGUGGCAGUAACAAAUAUUAGUGUCACUAAAAUGUCUUGAGAGGGCAAUCAAAACAUGCAUCCAGUGUUCAUCAAACUUCACAGGAUUACAGCAUAAGUGUUAAUUUAGACUGUCAUUGGCAUCACAAUACUGACCUCUGAGUGUGUCAACACACCUCGUGUCAUCAGCAGUGACAGAAUAUUAGAUCACGCAUGCCAUCGUCACGAGUCAUAGAUUUCUACUUUGUAAUAACAUGAAGCUAAUGGCGACAUCUACAAACUAUUUUUUGUUGGUAUUCCAGCACUAAAAAGGAAGUUGUUCUGUUUACUUGUAGCAGACUAGUGCCGUGAAAAACCAUUAAUACCAAAGUGGUUCACCACAUCAACUGAGUUGUGCAUAAAUCAUCCAGCUCUGCUUUUACACAAGUUAGGUCAUAUCAUUGUAAUGAAGUCAUUUUCCUGUGUAUAAUCCAGUGUAUACCUGAUCUCUGCCUACUGUUACAUUCCCAAUUUUUUUAACUGAAUAUAAUUACUUUGCAUAAUUAAAUAUUUCAUUACUGAGAAGUGUUUGAACUUAAAAUGAAAGAAUGACACUUAAAUGUUCUAAGAAGCUGAAUGAAGUCGGGUUAAAUAGGUGAGGUAGAGGUCAUGUUAGAAAGAUUAUGCUUAGUCAUUGAAUAUGUCCUUAAGCUACCUCAGCUGUCCAUGUACCACCAUCCUAGACAUCCACACGUGGACACCACCAGCAGGCUUUUAGUUCACAGCACACUGAAUUUUCUGCAACUUUGACUCAUCGCAUUAAAGCUGGACCCAACUUGCCACUGUACACAGUUUAAGUAGAUUUCAACAGUCUCAGUGAACACACAGCAGGUGGACUGCUGGCACAUCAGUUUCUCCUCACCUUCCCGUCAAUAAGUGUAAAACUAAUGCAGCAGGCUCCAGACCAGGGAUGUCAAACUCAUUUUACAUGGUGGGCCACAUGCAGCCCACUUUGAUCUUAAGUGGGUCUGACCACUGAAACUGCCCUUCCUGUCAGUGUAAAGAAGUUGCACUACACAUUUAAUCUCUGAGAUACUGUAAUAUAAGAAAAUGCAAUGUCAACAGCACAUCUACAUGAAGUCCAACUGUUUGGGUUUAUAUUCAGAGAAGGCCCCAUUUCAUUUCACUGUGGAACCUUUGUAAACAACAAAAAUCUUUUAGUGUAGUACGCAGGUCGUCUGUCAGCAGGAAAAACUAAAAUGUAUUAAAUAGUUAGGUCCAAGGUUUAUGCCCUUCUACAAUUUCCAAAGCUGUCUGGUGGGCCAAAUGUGUGUCUGU